AUGGUCCAUCUCACCCGAUCCUUCACUACCCUCGCCUCCUUCCUCUUCCUCUCCCUCACCUGCGUUUCUGCCGGCGUUGUUACGGACGCAUCCCUCGUCUCGAACUCCGCCUACGACUACAUCAUCGUCGGAGGUGGUCUUGCCGGUCUGACCGUUGCUAACCGACUUUCAGCAAGCUCCUCUGUUUCCGUCCUAGUCAUCGAAGCGGGCAACGACGACCGCAGCAACCCUAACAUCUACGACGUCGGUAACUACGGUGCAGCCUUCUCCACUGGCCUCACCUUCCGCUACACCACCACUCCCCAGAUCGGUGGUCGAACAAAGGAGCCCAAGGGUGGCCGCACUCUCGGUGGAUCCACCUCAAUCAACGGUGCGGCGUGGAACCGCGGUCACAAGGCACAGUAUGAUGCUCUGGGUGAAUUGGUAGGUCAGUACUCGGAUGGUUGGAACUGGGACGGAAUGCUCGGAUACAUGAAGCAGAGCGAGAAGUUCGUUGCUCCGAAUGCUCGACAGAAAGCUGCAGGGGCGAGAUAUGAUGCUAGCACGCACGGAUUCAAUGGUCCUUUGGAGAUCAGGUUUUCGCCUAUCAGGAAUAACGGAAGGAGGAGUGUGCAGGGAGGAGCAUCACAGCAGUGGAAGAGGAUGUUCACUGGUCCUCAACAGGCUGCUUUCAUCCGAGCUGUCGGCGAGACCCUUGGUGUGCAGCAAGUAGACGACCAGUGUUCAGGAAACGCCAACUCCGUUGCCUAUACACCCACCUCUAUCGACGUCAACAACAAUCGUGUCUCUGCAGCCACUGCCUACUACUCCCCAAUAGAGAACCGUCCCAACCUCACCAUCCUUACUGGCACACGAGCAAAGAACCUCAUCUGGGACUCUUCCUCCAACAGCGGCAUCCGCAGCUCCGGUGUCGUCGUCCAACAAUCCCGUGAUGGAAAUCAAAUACGAGUCACCGCCAAAAGAGAAGUCAUCCUUGCAGCAGGCGCACUCUCCACCCCUGCCAUCCUCCAGCGUUCCGGGGUUGGCUCUCGCUCCGACCUCAACUCUAUCAGCGUCGAUCAAAAACUCGACCUUCCUGGCGUUGGCAAGAACCUUCAGGACCAAACCCUCACAACCAUCGGCUCGCAAGGUAACAUUGAUUACUCCGGCGGCGGCCCAUCCAACACCAUUGCUAUGCCAACAAUCCAACAGAUCAUGUCCAACUCCACCGACGUACGCAGCUACAUCAACUCAAACCUCAACACUUGGGCUGAUCAGCUUGUCUCCCAAGGUCACGUCGCGUCCAAAGACGGGUUGAUGGAGCAGUGGAAUUCUGCAGUCAACCUUAUCUUUGAUCAACAAGCACCCGUGGCGGAAUUGUUCUUUGAUACUGGGCACCCGAGAAACUCUUACGGUCUUGUUAUCUGGCCUCUCCUUCCCUUUUCGCGUGGAUCCACUCGGGCAGUAAGCCAAAACCCAUUUGACAUGCCCCGUGUAGAUCCCAACUACUUCGGCCUGCCCAUUGAUAUGGACAUGCAAGUAGCCUCUCUCCGAGCCUCUCGCCGAGUUUUGCAGAACGACAACCUCAAACCUCUCACCUACAACGGUGAAACAACUCCCGGAUUCGACUUGAUCCCUGAUGGAACCCACAAAGGUCGCUACAGCCGCUGGAGGGAUUGGGUCCUCGGAAACACAGGUGGUAGUGGAUUCGCAGCUAACAAUCACCAACUCGGGACAGCGUCAAUGCAGCCUCGAGAGAAGGGCGGUGUGGUGGAUGGAAGGUUCAAAGUGUACGGUACGCAAAAUGUCAGGGUGGUGGAUGCAAGUGCUUUGCCGGUACAAGUUUCGGCACACUUGAGUUCGACUUUGUACGGAAUGGCGGAGAAGGCAGCCGAUACGAUUCUGAAGGGUAACUAG